ACAUUUCCAUUUUUUUAUCGUCAAGUCGUCAUUCUCUUUACUGUUAUUGUCUUAUCUCUUUUAUUAAUAUUUUAUUUCAUUUUCUUUUACAUUGAGCUAUAUGUAGGUUGUUUUGUAUUAGAUAAUUACUUCGAUUCUACUAUUCAAGUAUCCAAUUAAAAAGUGUAUAAUAUCUGAAAAUGAGUAACACAAAAGUUAAUCCCGACUUGCAAAGGGAAAGAGAUAAAUGUACUUUUAAUGUAACUGAAUUAAUAAAUUUAAUCGAUGGCGGAGUACAAAAAACUGAGGAAAGAAAAAAACAAGAGGAUAUGGUCCUUAGUGAAGGCAUUCACAUAGAGGAUGUACCAUCCGAAUAUCUCAGUCACAAAGAAAAAUAUGAGCUUGCUGUCAAAAAAGCUUGUUUACUCUUCAAAGUUAUCAGAAAAAUGCAGGAAGAGGAUAAUGCUGGAAUGGAGAAUUACAGGGCUGUCCUUGGAGGUAAAUUAGGUUCAGCAAUCCUUCAAGAUGGUUCACCCCUGACACUCCACUAUGUGAUGUUCAUACCAACACUGAUGGGCCAGGCAUCAGUCGAGCAACAAGUGCAUUGGAUCGGAAGGGCCUUUGACUUGAACAUUAUUGGAACUUAUGCUCAGACCGAACUAGGACAUGGCACAUUCAUCCGAGGUCUGGAGACCACAGCGACUUAUGACCCCAGUACAAAAGAGUUCGUCCUACACAGCCCUACUCUCACUGCCUACAAAUGGUGGCCUGGUGGAUUGGCCCACACCGCCAAUUACUGCAUCGUUAUGGCACAACUCUACACCAAAGGUCAGUGCCACGGCAUCCACCCGUUCAUUGUGCAACUCCGCGACGAGGAAACCCAUAUGCCGCUCAAGGGUAUCAAGAUAGGUGAGAUCGGCGUCAAGCUCGGCAUGAACGGCACUAACAAUGGGUUCCUGGGCUUCGAUCACGUGAGGAUCCCUAGGGAGCACAUGCUCAUGAAGAAUUCUAAAGUACUUGAGGAUGGUACAUACGUGAACUCGCCAAGCUCGAAGCUAGCUUACGGGACGAUGAUGUUCGUCCGCGUGGUACUAGUGACGGACAUGUGUAACUACAUGGCGAAGGCGGUCACCAUUGCGAUGCGGUACUCGGCGGUCAGGAGGCAAUCACAGCCCAAACCCAACGAGCCGGAGCCUCAGAUCCUGGACUACCUGACGCAGCAGCACAAGCUGCUGAUCGGCGUGGCGUCGGUGCACGCGUUCCGACUCAACGCCGACUGGCUUUGGAAUAUGUACAACAACGUUACCGCCGAACUCGACGCUGGCGACCUCGAGCGGCUGCCGGAGCUGCACGCGCUGUCGUGCUGCCUGAAGGCGGUUAGCACGGCGGACGCGGCGGAGUGCGUGGAGCGCUGCCGGCUGGCGUGCGGCGGCCACGGCUACAUGCUGGCCUCCAACCUGCCCUCCACCUACGGCCUCACCACCGCCGCCUGCACCUACGAGGGCGAGAACACCGUGCUGCUGCUGCAGACCGCCAGGUACCUGGUGAAAGCGUGGCAGCAGGCAGCUGGCGGCAACGCCUUGACCCCAACAGUGUCGUACAUCGCGACAGUGAACAGCGGCAGGCGACUACCGCCCUGGGAGAACACCAUCGAGGGCAUCAUCAAAGGGUUCCAGAGGGUCGCCGCUGGUAAAAUCGGCUUGUGCGUGUCAAACAUCGAGAAGCGUCAGAACACGGGCUUGUCUUACGAGGACGCAUGGAAUAUGACCUCCGUGCAACUCGCAUCCGCAUCUGAGGCUCACUGCCGAGCGAUACUCCUGUACACCUACUAUACGGAGACAGAGAAGAUCGUGAACACAGUGUCGCCGGCGCUGCGGCAAGUAUUGCUGCAGCUCGUCGACUUGUACGUAGUAUACUGGGCGCUGCAGCGACUUGGUGAUCUGCUCAGGUUUACAUCCAUAUCGGAAAAGGACAUUGACGAGUUACAGAGAUGGUAUGAAGACCUUCUGACCAAACUGCGACCCAACGCAGUGGGAUUGGUCGAUGCCUUUGAUAUAAGAGAUGAGAUUUUACGUUCAGCGCUGGGCGCUUACGACGGGCGCGUGUACGAGCGCCUGAUGGAGGCGGCUCUCAGGAGUCCUCUGAACGCGGAGCCCGUCAACAGCUCCUUCCACAAGUACCUCAAGCCGUUCAUGCAGGGGAAACUGUGAUUGUAUUAGACUAAUUGUUAAAUUAAUCCUUACAAUAUGCGUAAUUAUAUGACACUUGGGAAAGUAUUGUCUAUUAACUAAAAGUAAAUGAGAUUGAUAUCACAUGUUACGUCUUUAUGGGUCGAGAUUAAUUUUGUGUAAAUGAAACAAUAAAGGUAAACUCUCAUGUUAGAUUAUUUAAUCUUGAGUACAAUAACAGUUACAGUAACCAUUUACCAUCAGACGGGUUUAUUUAUUUGCCACUUUCGUGGUAUAAAAAAAAAACAUAGAUUUGUAAAAAAUGUACCUAAUAUUAUUGAGAUUAAUGAUAAUCCAUGUAUUAAUGAUGAAAUUAUUACUAUGGCUUUAGCAAAAUGACAUUAUUUUAAAACUCUCUAUACAAUUUAUUUUUUUAUAUACAGGGAGAAAAGUGUAUGAAUUAAGUGAUAUUAUUAAUUUAUGGUGUUAUGGUUGCUAUAUUUUUAAGGUAGAUGAUUUUUAUUGUAGUCAGGUGAUGGUUGUAAGACAUUCCAUUUAAGAAUCUAUAAACAAAUUUAGUGUAAGAUUUAUUUUUUCAUUAGAUUUAUUCGGAAAUGUGUUUUUGAACUUUUUAUACAAAUAAAUUUUAUAUAUUUUGUUUA